GCUUUUUUCUUGACAUUGAGUACCUGAAGACAACUGAGCAGUCCUUCCUGUCCCUGAAAACUUUGUAUAAAAACAGUUCAAUAUGGCUUCAGCAAUCUUCAUACUUGACCUUAAAGGAAAGGUUCUAAUUUCUCGUAACUACAGAGGAGACAUACCAAUGAGUGCAGUAGAAAAAUUCAUGCCUCUUAUUUCAGAAGCAGAAGAUGAGCAAAUUCCUUUACCUUGCUUCACACACGACGGCAUCAAUUAUUUAUACCUCAAGCAUAGUAACCUUUACCUCUUAGCGUUAACGAGGAAGAAUACAAAUGCAGCUUCUAUCAUGCUUUACCUCCAUAAACUGACAGAAGUCUUUUCAGAAUACUUUAAAGAGCUAGAGGAAGAAUCCAUUCGAGAUAACUUUGUUAUAGUAUAUGAAUUAUUGGAUGAAAUGAUGGAUUUUGGAUAUCCUCAAACGACAGAAACAAAAAUUUUGCAAGAAUAUAUCACACAAGAUGCACACAAGCUGGAAGUGCAAGUGCGUCCGCCUAUGGCUGUUACAAAUGCUGUUUCAUGGCGUUCAGAAGGUAUCAAGUACAAGAAGAAUGAAGUCUUCUUGGAUGUGAUUGAAAGCGUGAAUUUAUUGGUUAACUCUAACGGUAAUGUGUUGAGAAGUGAAGUCUUGGGCGCUGUCAAGAUGAGGUGUUAUUUGUCCGGUAUGCCUGAACUUCGUUUAGGUCUAAACGAUAAAGUAAUGUUUGAAGCUACUGGCAGAGGUAACUCUUCAACAAAGGCAAUUGAAAUGGAAGACGUCAAAUUUCAUCAGUGUGUGCGUUUAUCAAGAUUUGAAAAUGAUCGUACAAUUAGUUUUAUUCCACCUGAUGGUGAUUUCGAACUCAUGAGUUACCGUUUACAAACCAGCGUGAAGCCUUUGAUUUGGGUUGAGGCAGUGGUUGAAUCAUAUGCAGGCUCACGCGUAGAAUAUCUCGUAAAAGCUAAAGCACAAUUUAAGCGUAAAAGUACAGCGAAUAAUGUAGAAAUUGAAGUACCAGUACCGGACGAUGCAGAUACACCUAAAUUUAAGAGUAGUAAUGGUUCUGUCUCCUACAAACCCGAGCGAUCAUGCUUAGUCUGGAAGAUCAAGCAAUUUCAAGGUGGAAAAGAGUUUAUCAUGCGUGCACAUUUCGGUUUGCCCUCAGUUCAAGCAGCCGAGGAAACGGACAAAAAGCCACCUAUUAACAUUAGAUUUGAAAUACCUUACUUCACUGUAUCCGGUAUCCAAGUCAGAUACUUGAAGAUUGUUGAAAAGAGCGGAUACCAAGCAUUACCUUGGGUCAGAUACAUCACACAGAAUGGAGAUUAUCAAAUGAGAAUGCCUGAGUCAAUUAAGGCUUCUAAACAUACUGCUACGAAUGAUUACUGAUCCAUGAUAUAAAUGCCAUUAUUUCAACCUGAUGGCACACCCAACCUCAUCUUCAUCCUAAUGUUCUAUAUAUAAAUAAUUCAAAACAGAAGACUAUUGUAAAACUUGCCAGACUGCACAAACACCCCCUUUUUAUCUUUUUUGGACCUUAUUAACAUUAUACACCUUUCCUGCCCUUUUCGUAUGCAUGAAAUCUUUACAUUUCCAAACCCAUCUCUUUAAAUAAAGGCAUAAUUGUUAUUGUUAGGAAAGUGACAAAAAGAAAUAAGAAAAAAGUCACUCUAUAAGAUUUGGCUCUUACUAUAAUGCACUAAUAAAACAUCUCAAAGCGAGAGAUUACAUUUC